AUGACAGCCUGCAUGCAAAAACAAAGAUGGCCUCGCGCGGUUCUGCUCGGUUCUUUGUUGUGCCGUGACUAAAGUGCAAAAUCCGACCCGUUCCGCGCGCUUUCCGGUUGUGAAUUUGGUGUGCCCGGGUAGCGCUCGUUCCGCCGGCUCCGGGGGUGGUAAAGUUUCCUGAAACGUGGUUGAUUUUGGUGGGGAAAAGUGCGUCGGUAACGUUUUGAGCGCGCGCUCGCGUGUUUUUGUUUGGGUUUUUUGUGGGGGAGGGGGAGUUGGCGGAAGAUUGUUGGUUGGGAUGAUGGAGUCCAGCGGAUUGGUGGCUGUUCCGAGUGGGAUCAGUGUUUUGCCGGUUGAACCGGGUGUUGUGAAAGAGGAGCCGGCGUCUUUGGAGGUGCAAGAUGGUUGUGGAGAAGGGACCGGCGCAGGGGGAAGUAAACAAAAACAAAAAGCUGAGAGUCAGCUGAUUUUGGUGAUGGAGCCACAAAAUCCGUCUCCGACCAAGUACUUUGACCAGAAUGGGGUUCCGUUGAAGAAGGAAGAAACAGGUCUGGAACAGGUGAAGGUGGUUGGGAAGAGUAAGCGCACGAAGUUGACCAUAACGUGCCACAAGUGUCGACGGAUGUUUGAGACGAAGGUUGAGUUUGAGUUUCAUUAUCGGAAGGCGUACAACCAGGAACCGGUGUACGCGUGUGGCCAGUGUGAUAAGCAGAUUCUGCAGUACAAAGCUUACCGUUUGCAUUGCUAUCGGCACUCGAAUAGUGCAACUCAGCGUUAUACGUGCGCCGUUUGUGCCAAGGUAUUCCACCAAAAAUCCGACUUGACCCGUCACGAGGCUAUUCACGAAACGGCUGCGGCGCCGGCCGCAAGCAAGCAAUCCGAGUCGGAGCAACUCCCAAUUGGCUGUGAUCGUUGUGAUGCCGUGUUUGGGUCGCAGGCCGAGGUUCGCGUGCACGUCCGGAAGAUUCAUCCCGUGCCGAAGCAGAUGAUUGAAUGUCCCGACUGUGGGAAGUUCCUGUCCGCUGGCAGUUUGUACUCUCACCGGAAGAUUCACUCGGUGGAUGGGCCACGAUUUCGCUGUGAGGACUGCGACAAGUCGUUCGUCCAGAAGAUUAAUUUUAUUCACCACCGGAAGAAGCACCUGCCGAACGACGAGAGGCCGUUUCAGUGCAGCGAAUGCGACAAGGCAUUUUUCGAGAAAUCCCAUCUUCAGCGGCAUCAGUUUUUUCACUCGGAAGUUCGACCUUUCAAAUGCUUAAGCUGUGGAAAGUGCUACAAAACUGAACGAUGCCUCAAGGUUCAUUCCGCGGUCCACAGCGCAGCUCGUCCAUUUGUAUGCUUAGAAUGCAACAAGGGUUUCCUGAGCAGUUCAAAACUUCGCCAGCACACGAAUAUCCACUCUCCACCCGGAUCCAGACCCUUCAAGUGCAAGUACUGCGCGCGCGAUUUCACCAACUUUCCCAACUGGCUCAAAGGUUGA